AUGGGAUUCAAUGAGGAUCCCAAAAUAACUAGAAACCCUAUCCAUAGGGUCAAUAGAGUCGAUAAUGGGUCAGAUAUCCUUAGGCGUCUAGAGGCCUUAGAGAUGAACCAAGGGUCUAACCAGACUAUGAGCUGUAAAAGUGAGCCCGGAAUCUAUCCAUGUACCAUUUGUGGUGAUCAAAGUCAUAUUGGACCUUACUGUCCCUUGUUUUACCCAACUGAAACUACCCGUGACCAUGUUAUUGUCCUACAUGGUGGUAUGAACUCUAAAUUUGAGGGUAGACCCAAAAACCCACCACCAGGUUUUUCUAAGAACCAAGCUCAAGUCCAAGAACCAAGUCCAAUUAAUAAAAAAGUGUUAUCUCUAGAGGAAAAUCUAAACCUCUUUAUUGAACAUAGUGUUACAAACAAUGCCGAGGCUACCAAAAGUAUUAACCUUUUAAGUCAGAGGUUUGAUAAAUUUGGUCAGAAGUUCGAUGACUUUGUCCUGACAAGUCAACGGUACCAACAAAAUAGUGACCAGACAAUUAACAACUUAGAGACUCGGAUAAGUCAACUUUCGAGUAGGCUAAAUGAUAGAGAAAAUGGGAGAUUUCCUAGCCAAUCGAAUCCAAAUCCAAAAGGAGUUAACCAGGUUAAUGAGUCGAGUAGUUCUAACCACAAUGAACAUAUCAAAGCAGUUAUCACCCUUAGGAAUGGUACAACUCUAGAAAACUCGGUAGAACCACCUAAGGAUAGUAGUCCAGCUGAAAAAGAGACUGAGGUUGACCAAACUUCGUCUAAAGACCCUAAUGGGCCUGAGAGUGCUAAGAGUCCAAGUGAGUAA